ACAACAAUACUAAAGAAAACAAAAAAGAAAAACACAAAGCUAAAAAAAAAAGGUGGGGGGAGAAAGAGAGAGCUCCCAUACGAUAUCUUCAAAUCCUCGGCGGCCUCUCUCGGUUCUAAUCGCCGAUCUGCUCUCUUCCUCGCCAUCUGAUCGGCCUCCCCACUCGAUCGACGGCGGAGAUUGGCUCUGGAUCGACGGCGGAAAUCCCAUCAGUUGAGCCGUCCACUGGAUUUGGGGGAUAUCUAGGGUUAGAUCUCUGGAAUUGUUCAUUUAGGGUUUUGAGUUGGGCGAAUGUAUAGGAAAUCAAGGCUGUCGCGGACUGCCGGUUCUUUUACGACUCGGUGACGAUUGUUUUUGCGAGAAAGCGGUGUAUUUGGAUUAGAUGUAUGGCGUUAAUUCUGGCUCUUAGGAGGCAAAAACACCUUUAGGGAUGGUUUUUUGUUAGUAUGGCACCUUUAUAUUUUUCAAGGAAGGUGCUUGAAAAGGUCAAUUCAAUGGAUCCAGAUACGAAUCCCGGUCUCCCUACUGAGCCAGAUGUGGAUAUUGACCUUAGGGAAGUUUACUUCUUGAUCAUGCAUUUUCUAGCAGUGGGUCCAUGCAAGAAAACUUAUGGACAAUUCUGGAAUGAACUUUUGGAGCAUCAACUUUUGCCUAGAAGAUACCAUGCUUGGUACUCAAGGAAUGGUGCCCGAAGUGAGCAUGAAGAUGACGAUGGCACGUCUCUCCCAUUGUGUUAUAGUAACUUAGUCGAGAGGUAUCCUCACAUUGCAAAAGAUCACUUGUUAAAGCUUCUUAAGGAACUGAUAGUGAGCUGUUCCCCUCAGUUACAUGGCGUUAUUGGAGGAACCCCUCCAAAUGCAGCUGACAUACCAACUAUUCUGGGGACUGGUUCCUUCUCACUUCUUGCUUCUGACAGGGAUAGUGCAGAGAAGAGAGGCAAUCCUUUACCUGGCUACCUGCGAUGGCCACAUAUGCAGGCUGAUCAGGUUCGUGGACUCCGUUUGAGGGAAAUAGGAGGUGGUUUUAACAAACACCACCGUGCUCCUUCCGUUCAUGCAGCUUGUUAUGCCGUUGCUAAGCCAUCGACACUGGUGCAAAAGAUGCAAGUCAUUAAGAAAAUGAGGGGACAUCAAAAUGCUGUCUACUGUGCCAUAUUUGAUCGUUCUGGACAGUAUGUGAUCACUGGUUCAGAUGAUCGCCUUGUUAAAAUAUGGUCAAUGGAAACCGCAUUUUGCUUGGCUAGCUGCCGGGGGCAUGAAGGUGAUAUCACUGAUUUGGCUGUGAGUUGUAAUAAUGCUUUGGUGGCAUCUUCUUCCAAUGACUUUAUCAUUAGAGUUUGGCGCUUGCCUGACGGACUCCCAAUUUCAGUUCUGAGGGGACACACUGGAAGUGUGACUGCUAUUGCCUUUAGUCCACGCUCGGUGUAUCAGCUUUUGUCAUCAUCUGAUGAUGGAACCUGUCGCAUAUGGGAUGCUAGGCACUCGCAGCUAAGCCCACGAAUAUAUGUCCCAAAGCCUGCAGAUGCUUUAGCUGGAAAGAGUUCUGAUCCUUCAUCAAGUGUUGGUCAACAAAAUCAUCAGAUAUUGUGUUGUGCUUACAAUGCUAAUGGAACUGUAUUUGUUACUGGUAGCUCAGAUACAUAUGCAAGGGUUUGGAAUGCUUGUAAAAGCAACCCGGAAGACUCUGAACAACCAAAUCAUGAGAUGGAUCUCCUAUCCGGCCAUGAAAAUGAUGUUAACUAUGCACAAUUCAGUGGCUGUCCGGUGGCAUCUAGAACUUCUACAGCUGAUUCUUUUAAGGAGGAUAAUGUUCCAAAGUUUAAAAACUCCUGGUUCACUCAUGACAACAUAGUUACAUGUUCUCGCGAUGGAAGUGCUAUUAUUUGGAUUCCAAAAUCACGCAGAUCCCAUGGAAAAGUUGGGCGCUGGACACGUGCUUAUCAUCUUAAGGUUCCUCCACCUCCAAUGCCUCCGCAGCCUGCUCGUGGAGGUCCACGGCAAAGAUUUCAGCCCACUCCUCGUGGUGUUAAUAUGAUUGUUUGGAGCUUGGAUAAUCGUUUUGUGCUUGCUGCUAUCAUGGAUUGCAGAAUAUGUGUUUGGAAUGCUUCUGAUGGGAGCUUAGUCCAUUCAUUGGUUGGUCAUAGUGAAUCCACAUUUGUUUUGGAUGUCCAUCCUUUCAACCCUCGUAUAGCUAUGAGUGCGGGAUACGAUGGAAAAACUAUCAUAUGGGAUAUAUGGGAGGGCACACCUGUACGAAUAUAUGAAACUGGACGGUUCAAGUUGGUUGAUGGGAAGUUCUCACCGGAUGGAACAUCAAUUGUUCUUUCCGAUGAAGUUGGACAUAUGUUUAUAAUAGCCACUGGACAAGGAGAGUCCCAGAAGGAUGCAAAAUUUGAUCAGUUUUUUCUUGGCGACUAUCGACCCCUUAUCCAAGAUACCAAUGGAAAUGUUGUGGAUCAGGAGACUCAGCUUAUACCAUACAGAAGGAAUAUUCAAGACCUCCUUUGUGAUUCAAGCAUGGUUCCGUAUCCAGAUCCCUACCAGAGUAUAUACCAGCAGCGCCGUCUUGGUACACUAGGUAUUGAAUGGCGCCCAUCUUCUGUCAAACUUGCUACUGGCUUCACUUACAACCCCAACACUGGUGAUUAUCAAAUGCCUCUAAUUCUAGACCCGGAUGGAUGGGUUGAGCCCCUACCAGAAUUCUUAGAAGCCAUCAAUUGGGAACCACCAGAAAAUGAAGUGCAAAGCGAAGAUAAUGAUUCUGAAUAUAAUGUCACUGAUGAAUAUUCAAGUGAAGCAGAACAUGAAAGUUUAAGUAGUAGUUCAUCAGGGGAGCCUGAGCGCAAUGCCAGUGAUAGUGGGGUGCAGUGUAAUAAUAAGGAUGGCCUUCGGAGGUCCAAAAGAAAGAAGCACAAGUCAAAAGCCGAGUUCAUGACUUCUUCUGGGAGACGAGUGAAAAAGAGAAACUUGGAUGAACAUGAUGGUGCUACCACAUCAAGGACUCGGAGAAAACGGAGGUUAAGUAAUGGACGAUUGACUUCAAAGAAAAAAUCAUCAAAAUCCAAGGCAGUGCGUCCUCAAAGACGCUCUGCAAAAAAUGCUCUUAGUUUCCUGUCGAAAAUAACUGGCAGUUCUGAUGAUGAAGAAGAUGUUGACUUAGAAAGCAGCUGCUCAGAAAGUGAGUCAGAUUUUCCAGAUUCUAGUACUCAGAGCAUUGAAUCAGAAGGGUCAAUGCAUACCAGUGAGAUUAAACGGGAAAGUUUGAACAACCUCUUGAAAGAUGAGACUGAAGAUGUUGUGUUACCUUCUCAAUCCACGGAAGUUCAGCCAAGCACUGGAAAUAGGAGGAGACUUGUACUUAAGUUGCCAUGUCGUGAUUCAAAAGCAAUUCUUCCUUCUGAAGAAACAAGAUUUGAAUGCCAUAGCCAGGAAGCAAAGGUGGAUUCAUUUUCUAAAACCCCCAAUAAAUGUAACCUAAAAGAAAACCAUUGUGGUCCCUCUGAGCCUGCGAAGCCUUCAGUUGAUGUAGGUGAUGCCAUCCCAUAUGAAGGUGUCAAGAUCAGAGAAAGGGGGGCUGCUGACAAUCAAGAAGAGUUCAAUAUCUCUGCAGGUUACAAUGGGAACACCAUCAGAUGGGGAGAAGUCAAAGCACGCUCAUCAAAACGUUUGAAAUUGGGAGAAACUUCUGUAGCAGAUGGAUGGACUCCAUCAAAUCCACAGCUAGGUGGUCCUAACCUUGUUCCAAUUGACGUUAAUGGACAUUUAAAAUCUGAGGAUGGAUAUGCAAGGUCCUCCGGUGCUGGAAAUCCUGCACCCAUAUAUAAUUUAGACUUAGAUGGAAAUGGUGCUUUGCUUGGGUUGAAUGCUGCGAGCACCGGAAAAUAUCUGCCUGAUAAUAUUCUUGAGUCAACGAUGUCUCAGAAGUUAUCACCAAAUUUUGACCGACAGCAUCAGGCUGCAAAUCCAGCCACAUGUAAUGGUAGUAUAACUGAGCCUGUGUGCCCAGACAUGAGACACCAAGAUAGCCACGGAAUCACUGAAGUUGAUGGCAUUUUUGAGCCUGUAAAUGGUUUUAGAAUUGUGCGUGAAAAUAAAAAUGCUUCACACUGUGCUAUCCAUUCUCAGAAACCUGAGAGGAUGACUUUGAAGUUCAGAAUCAGAUCAAAUGGGUCAACAAAGGAGAGAACCACUUCAUCUUCCAAGUUAAAGUCGGCUGCUGUAGAAGACUUAAAGGGUCCUGAACAUGAUCUGAUAUCCAACAGUUCCCUUGCAGUUGAACACAAUUCAAUGCCAGCGAUAUGUGAAGAGGAUGAGGGUACAAGUGGUCAGAAUCACGACCAUAUUGAUUGGGAUGAUGAUGGGUCUGGGAGCCUGGACGCUUGGGCAGAUGAACCAAAGUGUUCUAGAAAGCCACAUUUUGGUUCUAAUAACAAGAUGUGUAAUGUUGUCUACAAAAGGUCAAAGUCCACUAGGAGCAGAAAAUUUGCUGAUGGUGAUAGCUAUGUUAUAGAAGGAAGUACAUCAAAUGUCAACAACCAGAGUGAUGCACUUAUAGACGGUGUCCGGAGAACAAGGUCUAUGGGCACGAAGAUGGAAAUUAAUGAGUGCUUACUAAUUAAUAAUUCCGGAGAGAGAAAUCGGUAUAGCUCUUCAAAGACAUCAAGAAAUGGAAGGGGUUUAACCAUUAAUGGGCAGGAAAACAACCUUGCUCACGGAUGGAAGCCAACUUUAAGGAGUGUUGGUCUAAGGUCUGCAAGAAGCAGGAGAGAAAAUUAUGAUAGUAAUCUGAAGCCCCUGGAUAGUAGCACGUAUCAACUAUCAGGGAAGAAGCUUUCAUGGUUAAUGUUGAUAGAUCAUGAGGAGAGCUACCGUUAUAUUCCACAAUUAGGAGAUGAAGUUGCAUAUUUGAGACAGGGCCAUGAAGAAUAUAUUAAAAGUUCUCAUCGUCCAUGUGAAGGAGGGCCCUUGAAGAUCAAAGGUCUAAAUGCUGUAGAAUUUUGUAAAGUCCAAAGUCUUGAUUAUUCAACUCUUCCUGGAUCUGGAGAAAGCUGCUGCAAACUCGUUCUUGAGCUUACUGACCCUGCUUCAGAUGGGUUUGGUAAAACUUUUAAGUUGACAUUACCUGAACUUGUUGCUUAUCCCGACUUUCUUGUGGAAAGGUCUCGAUAUGAUGCUGCCAUUGAGAGAAACUGGAGGUACCGUGAUAAAUGUCAGGUAUGGUGGAGGAACGAGGAUGGAGCUAGUGGUAGUUGGUGGCUAGGCAGGAUUCAGGAGGUGAAGCCCAUAUCUGCUGAAUUUCCUGAGAGCCCAUGGGAGAGAUAUGUUAUUCGAUAUAAAAGUGAUCCUUCUGGAACACAUCCUCAUAGCCCGUGGGAACUCCAUGAUGCUGAUUCUCUGUGGCAGCACCCUCACAUUAACGAGGAUGUUAGGGAUAAGCUAUUGUCAUGCAUUGCCAAGUUAGAAAGAGAAUCAACAAGAAAGGACAAGUAUGGAAUUCAAAAAUUGAACCAGGUUGCUCGGAAGUCUGAUUUUUUGAACAGGUUCCCUGUUCCCUUAUCUCUCGAGAUGAUCAAAAGACGAUUGGAAAACAACUACUAUCGAACAUUGGAGGCAGUCAAGCAUGAUGCCUCAGUGAUGCUUUCCAAUGCCGAAUCCUACUUUGGAAAGAAUACUGAAAUGACAACUAAGAUGCGGCGAUUAUCAGAAUGGGUUGAUGACACAUUUCCAUCUUACUCUUUGUAGGGUAGAACAAUUUUGUAGAGAAAUUGCGAGUCUCUGAUGAGGGACUGUAGAUAUAUCUCCUUUUCUCUAACUCAAUAGGAUUUUUUUUUUCUUGGUAGCUUUAAUACCCAUUCGUCACGAAAGAGAAGGGAGGAAAUGGUAAUAGGAGACCCACCUGAAUUCUUUGGUGUAUAGAUAACUUAUUUAGUAAAUAAAAAAGAGCAAUUUUCCCUGCUAA